AUGGACGAUCAAGACGAAAUCGGGCCUGAUGUCGACAUGGGGGGUUACGCAGAAGAAUCUGAGUAUUCCGACGCUGAAUUCACCACCGAUAGUGAGGCUGGCGAUGACAACAACAACAACAACAACAACAACUACAACAACAACAACAACUACAACAACAACAACAACAACAACAACGACAGCAUCCGGUCGCCGCGAACACUUGAGGAACUCGGUUGGAAUAACCGCCAUGCAUACCCAAUUCCGUCUGAUUGCAUUGUAGAUGACGACGAGGACGUCUUCCGCGAUGGCCUCACCGAUGACGAUGAGGAUGAAUGCGGCACUGAGACGAGCAGCAACUACGAGGAUCUCGAGUUGCCAGAUGCUGCAAGCGUGGUUUACGUUCCAGCAUCGCCAAUCUGGGCACCUGACGACAGCUCCGAGGCCGCAUCACCCGAAGGCUUCAGCGCUUACGAAUACAGCAGCUCGGACGACGAGAACGAAGUCAUCGAAGUCGCCCAAGAGGCCGUCGGCGAAGUUGCCGCUCCAAAGGCGGUGGGCGGAAUUCACGAUGGCCCAGCAGCGCAGGAGAAAGACGGAGAGGGAGAGCCAGUGACGUUGCCGAAGAAAUCGUUUCUGGAGCUACACCAGGAUUGUUUCCCGUCGAAUUCCUUCGCGCUGAACAAGUCCUUGGAAGAGGAGCAAUGGCAUAUUCUGGAAUUGGAGGAAAUGAGACAAGCCAUCGAGGCACGACUCGUGUCAGCACAAGAGCGCGAAGAGUCCAUCGCGGAGAAGCUUGCAGAGAAGCAACAACGUUUCUGCGACGAAAGAGAUAGUUCGGGGAUCUCGGAGGAUCUCUGGGAGGCAUUCCAUGAGUUUUGCGAGUCAAUGGAGCCGGAAUUCGGGAGUCGAGGUGGCUGGUCGAUAACUUGCACCUCUGGCCAACUUGGCUCGUACGUCAAGUACGAUCCCGACCUCGUGCUCUUCCUACAGAGCAUCGAGAUACCCUAUACCGACUGCAACUUCCGCUGCGAGGCAGGAGUCGAAGGCCGUGACUCUGUGGUGACAUUCUGGCCCGUCGCGCGCUCCGAGACUGUUACAGGACAAGAGUUCACCUGGGGCCAGCUACAUCCUGUCCUGUACGACCUAGCAGAAAAGGCUGUGCGCGCCGGCUCGGAAGCCGCAAUGGACAUGCUCAUUGCACUCCCGGAUCAGAGCGCAUCCUUCAAGGGUGGUUGGCUCUUCGAAUAUGCGUUUGAUCAAGCGCGGAAAGAUGAUCCAGUGGUGUCGAGACGGUGGAGAUACCGAAGUGCUCACAAGGUGGACAUGCCGGUUGAUGAAGAAGCGAAGAGGCGAAGACUGGAACUGCUGCUCACGCCGGAAAAGGUGCUCUAG